AGUCGAGUCGAGCUCUUGUCAGGCCUAUUUCAAAAUCGGAUCGAGUCAGGUCAACCCUAACUCGGUCCAACUCGACUUGCUGCCCAGCUCUACCCCUGGUGCAUACAUGUGGGCCCAUAGUACAAUGACCGAGGUAGUUGAUACGAUGGGACAUUUUUUUAGCCGUAUAAUUAAAGGCCACUAAUCAAAGGUACAGGAUCAUCUAAGCAAGGUGGAUGGAUUUCCAGUACUCUCCCAUCCACGGUGGGGCCCAUGAAGUAGACGGUUCAGAUGACCCAAAAAUUGGUUCACUUGCACAAAAAUGGGUAAGUACUCUAUUCACCUGCGGACGCAUCAACGCCCUAUAAUUCGUCCGUGUUGUCCAAACCCACCAUUGUAGUCUGUUGAUUGAUGGACCUCGUUUGAUGUAGGGCCCAGAAACAGACCGUUAGGAGAUAAUAAAUUAAAAACACAGCAACUGUCCAUAUUCUCCGUGGAAAAUGCCUCAUCAAAUAGAAGGUCAAGAUCUUCCAAUUUGGAAAUUUCCUGGCAAUACCCCAUCCAUUCUGGGACCCAUCUCCUUAACGGUUCGGAUCAUUUUAAUUUGGGCCCCACAUGCAUGUCGUAUCUGUUUGCUGAUAUAUCAGGUUUCUAGCAUCAAAAGCCGAAUGAACUUGCUUUCUUUGCCAUGAAAAGAAUCAAACUCUCUCUAAACUACAAAUCAUUCAAAUUCAAAUUCUUCAUCCCUUUUAACUCUUCCCAUCAGCUCCACACUUCAAAACCCUCGUCACUUUCUGCUGACAUCUCAAAAGGAAAUGACCAAACUGCCCUUUCAUCUCUUCUCAUCCUCUCUUCAAAAACCAAAUCACUUCUUUUGGGCAAUCAAAUCCAUGCCCAAAUCAUAAAGUCUGGAUUGUCCAAGCACACCUAUUCUCAAAACAAUUUGAUUAGUAUGUACUCUAAAUGUGGAGUCUUAGGCCAUGCACUCAGAGCGUUUGAUGAAAUGCCUGAGCGAAAUCUUGUUUCUUGGACUUCGAUCAUGUCGGGAGCAGUUCAGAGUGGUGAACUUGAAAUUGGGUUGGAACUUUUUUUGGAGAUGAUGGAAGAUGGGUUCCGGCCGAAUGAGUUUGGUUUCAGCAGUGUCCUGAGGGCAUGUGCUAAUGCGGAGGCAAUUGAAUUUGGUUCUUGUGUUCAUUGUCUUGCAUUGAAGAUGGGAAUUGAGAUGAAUUUGUUUGUGGGCAGUCUGCUUCUCCACAUGUAUGCAAAAUGUGGGGAUGUGGAAGCGGCAAAGUGCGUGUUUGGGUGUAUGAGUGAUCGUGACGUGGCCUGUUGGAAUGCCAUGGUUGGAGGUUAUGCGAUUAAUGGCUAUAGCUUUGAAGUGAUGGAACUAGUAUCUUUUAUGCAUCGGAAUGGAUUAGUUAUGGAUGAAUUCACUUUCAUAAAUGCUCUCAAGGGGUGCUCGAUUUCAGGUGAUUUGAGUUUUGGCCUGCAGAUUCAUGGUUUGAUUAUCCAUAAUGAGGUGGAGUUCAGUUCCUCGGUGAUGAAUUCGCUAAUCAAUCUGUACUUUAAGGCUGGUAGAAAGGACUGGGCUCUGAUGCUUUUUAACAGCAUGCAACAGAGAGACGUUGUAUCUUGGAACACAGUGAUUGCUGGCUUUGCUCAAGAUGAAAAUGUGAGAGAAGUUGUGUGCUUUUUCUCUAAAAUGGUAUCAACGGGAUUGAAGCCGAACCAAAUUACUUUGUCAAUUUUGUUUAGGUUCUGUGGUGCUGUUGGUGAUCUUUUUCUUGGGUUUCAAUUCUAUUGUCUUGCUUACCGUCUUGGGUUCCUUAAUGAUGCCCUGGUUGGCAAUUCACUUAUUGAUAUGUUCUCUCGAUGUGGUGACAUCGAGAAUGCAUCAUUCAUAUUUGAAAGUCUCCCUACUAGAAACGUAAUCACAUGGAAUGAGAUGAUUGUUGGGUGUAACUUGAAUGGAUGUAGUAUAGAAGCAUUACAGCUCUUCCGUAAUUUACGUGGAUUGGGAAUUGAAGUAGAUGAGAUCACGUGCUCGAGUAUUUUAGGGGCUUGUUCUAGACACGAACACCAAGAAAUAGGUCGACAGAUCCACGCGGGGAUUAUUAAAUCUGGAUUUGAUUCUCAUUGUUUCGUGUGUUGUUCGCUGAUCAAUGCUUAUGCAAGAAUUGGAUGGGUUGAUGAUUCGUUUAAGAUAUUUUGCAGCAUUGAUGUAUUAGAUUUGGCAUCUUGGGGAGCCAUGAUUUCCGCUUUUUCACAGGAAGGUUGUAGCUAUGAAGCUUUAGUGCUUUUGAACCGCCUCAGAGAGACUGGCGAGAAGCCGGAUGAGUUCAUAUUGGGCAGCACUUUGAACGCAUGUGCGAAUAUUGCUGCUUUUAACCAAAGCAAAUGCAUCCAUUUGUAUGUAGUUAAAACGGGAUUUGAGAAGCACCUAUGCAUAGCUAGUGCCAUUAUAGAUGCAUAUGCUAAAUGUGGAGAUAUUGAUAGCUCAAGGAAGGCUUUUGUUCAGUUGUCAAGAGAUAAUGAUGCAAUCCUCUUCAACACCAUGAUCACAGCCUAUGCACAACAUGGUCUCAUUACAGAAGCUAUUGGACUCUUCGAGAAAAUGAAGCGUGUCAAUCUACGGCCAAACCAUGCAACUUUCGUGUCGGUUAUUUCAGCUUGUAGUCAUCUGGGCCUUGUGGACCAGGGGCGCAAGUUCUUUGAUUCAAUAAGCUCUGAUUAUGGGAUGCACCCAUCUGCCGAAAAUUUUGCUUGCUUGGUCGAUUUACUUGCACGCAGUGGGUUUGUCGAAGAAGCAAAAGAAGUCAUUGAAGACAUGCCCUUCGAGCCGUGGGCCGCUGUAUGGAGAUCCUUACUCAGUGGCUGUAGGAUUAACGGGAAUAGAGAGUUGGGGGAAUUGGCUGCGGAGCAGUUGCUUCAUUUGAUGCCGGACAAUGAUGCAACCUACGUGUUGUUGUCGAAGGUGUAUGCUGAAGAGGGAUGUUGGGAAGAUGUGGCGAAGGUGAGGAGGACGAUGAAAGAAAGAGGAGUUAUGAAGGAGCCUGGAUACAGUUGGAUUGAGAUCUAGAUGUAGUUUCAUACAUACAUUGCAUGGAAUUGCAGGUGAGCUAUUGUGACACAAGAACUGUUACCAUUCAAGGGUGCAACUGACCUGACUUUGUUAAUUCAUUAUAUGGGGUUAAAUGAAAUGAAUCAAUGUCAAAAAGGGGAUAUGCGAUGAACAAAUGAAUGGUGAGGAUGUUACAAUUUUUAUCCUCAAAUGGUAACUCUGUUUAUGAUUCAUCGAAGAUCUAGCCCUUCAAGCCGUAGCCCACCAUUUGGUUCUUCUGUCUGAAACUUCCGACGUCCUAAAACGAACUCCCUCCAGAAUGCAAUGUUAAUGCAGAAACAGAAUGAGUUCUAAGUUAUCUUCAAGAAAAAGCAGAAUAAGAAUCCGACAGAGUACCAAAGUAUGUAUUAUAUUUUGGCGAGUUGGAGGAUGAUUGGACGGCGAUCAUGAGCUGAUUAAGGAUCAGUUAGCAUUUAUGUUCAAUUCAAACCAUGAAGAAGAAUGCUUAUUUGGAUCAAGCUCUUUCUCAUCACACUCCAGAUCUAUUGAUAUGAAGAUCAAGACCACCUAGAAAUUGGUACAACAGUAGCAAUGCAAAUCUCUGUCCAUCAGUAAGUUGCAAAAAUAGCAACUUUGCAAGUAGAUGGUUUUAUCUUC